AUGGCGCCUGAGAAGGAGCGAAACCAACCUAGCUCCCCAGUGAAGCACUGCAAACCACGCAGAACACCCCCAGCUUCUGUACCCAAGGGUCCUGUGCGGGUCAGAGAGGACCCAAGGCCCACCUCACCCAUCUCAUCCCUGACCUUUGACCUAGGAGCCUUUGAGAGCCUCCAAGGCGCAGAGGUCUGCAGGGCCCUGGGGGCAGGCGAGGGGGACGCGCGGCGGGCCCCGAGGGCCCGAGGUGAGCGGCGGAGGCACACGAUCACCAGUGGCAUGGACUGUGACCUGCUGAAGCAGCUGAAGGAGCUGGAGCAGGAGCAGGAGGUGCUCCUGCAGGGUCUGGAGAUGAUGGUGCGGGGCCGGGACUGGCACCAGCAGCAGCUGCAGCGUGUGCGGGAGCGCCAGCACCGCCUGAGCCGCGGCCGAGCCGGGGACGACCUGGGGGCUGCGGGGAGUCCCCGCCCACUGGGGCAGCUGCUUCCCAAAGUGCAAGAGGUGGCCCGCUGCCUGGGGGAGCUGCUGGCGGCCGCCUGUGCCGGCCGGGCGGCGCCCUCGUCCUCAGGGGCCCUGUGCUCCCCGCCGGCCCCCAGCCCACCUUUGGCCCCAAGCUGGCAGCAGCAGACCAUCCUCAUGCUGAAGGAGCAGAACCGGCUCCUUACGCAGGAGGUGACAGACAAGAGUGAGCGCAUCACCCAGCUGGAGCAGGAGAAGUCUGCCCUCAUCAAGCAGCUCUUUGAGGCCCGGGCUCUCAGCCAGCUGGAUGCUGGUCCUCUGGACUCCACCUUCAUCUAGCUGGACGUGUCUCACUGGGAUGCGCGAAGGUCACCGCUGGCCUGGACACCGGCCAUGAGUGGGCGCCUCGGUCCACCCAUGGCCAGCCUGUUCCGGCCUGAGGUGCGGGUCUCGGUGGGACUGUGUUGCUCCAGCACAACUUGAAGCUGCUACUGCCACCUAGUGGACAGCGGGCCCACCUGGUGUUUACCAGUCCUCAGGUGGGAGGGGCAUGUUUACAGCUCUCCUGUCCCCUCUGUCUGACCAGGCCCCUGGUCCCUAGU